AUAUGAUUCCCGUUCUGGUUUUACUGCUCCUCCAUCAGUCCUGGGCCGAUCAAGUUUGCAUGAACAUUUCCAGCUACAACCUUAGCAUUGCUGCACCCCACGGGAUCAUAGAUGAAAACGCGACUCAUGCAGUGAAAUGUAUAAAUAAUGAAACCGAUUGUGUCCUUUGGUGCAAGCCCAGCAAUGAGAUAUGGUUCAAUGGAUCGUCCGGUUGCUUAAAUGCUUCAGUGAAUGAUGAAAAUCCCACCUUCAUUAAGUAUACAAUACAUGCAUAUACUGUUUGCUACCAAUUCCAAUGUGAUAAUGCUUCCAUCCUGGAAGUAAUUCACAGAUUGAAAGAGAUUGGCUAUGCUCAGAAGGAAAUGAUGGGACUCAUAUCCAUAAAGGAUUCCUGUCCAGAUGUCUUCAGAACCAGUCAUGAUGUUAAAAAGUUGUUUGUAAGUGAGGAAAAACAAAUAAUCCACAAGAUUAUGGAUGCAUCUGAUCUUGAGGAUGGUGGCUUCAGGUCCUACAACCUAAAGUCCUUGUCUAUGAAUGUUUACCACAUCAGCAGUUCUAGCCUCAAUGUUGAGAAAGCCACAAUCCCAAUAGAGGUUCCACAGUUGGAGCCCAGCAACGAGUUAUUUGUUCCUAAGGUUUGGAUACCAGUGAAUGCACUGAAAGACAUUCCACAAAAGGAGAGGGUCAUUGGUUUGGUCAGCUACAUGCAUCACAGCCAGUUCCAAUUUAACCAAGAAAACAUCUCAUCAAUGGUUCUCAGGAUAGAGCCAUCAGGGAAACGUUCCAUGAAGAACCUCGUGCCACCUAUCAAAAUGAUUUUUAGGGUUACAAAACCAGAAACGAACGAUUCCCAGUUACUGUGUCACUUCUUUAAUGAAAGCGGUUUAAACUGGAAAACUGAUGGAUGUGAAACGCACAUUGAUGAAGAUAACGUUACUUGCAACUGCAACCAUGCAACAGCCUUUGCCGUCCUGCUGAUAAAAAUUGAAAUGAGUGAAGCCCAUUGGAAAAUACUGUCUUCAAUCAGUUACAUAGGCUGCGGUCUUUCUGCUUUCUUUAGUGCUUGUUCUAUUGUAACAUAUGUUUUUUUCAGAAGCCACAAAAUGGACUUUUCCAUGUCCAUCCACGUAUCUCUGAGUGGCGCCUUGCUACUUCUCAACACCACCUUUCUGCUGACUGAGUGGGGGGCCACUGUGGAGCUUGACUGGGCGUGUGAGUUUGUAGCUGCGCUCACGCAUUACUCCCUCCUCUGCUGCUUCACCUGGAUGGCUAUAGAGGCGCUGCACCUAUACUUAAUGCUGAUAAAGGUGUUCAACACCUACUACAAACACUACCUGCUCAAACUGUCCCUUGCUGGAUGGGGGAUUCCUGGGAUAAUUGUGGCAACAAGUUUGUGUGUGAAGAGCUUUAAACAGGUUUACGGAGUUACAGAGUUGACCAUGUCAGACACCAAUAAAACAAAUGCAAUCUGCUGGAUCAGAGAUGACUCCUUCUUCUACUCAGUCAACCUUGUGUAUUUCACCCUUAUAUUCAUCUUCAACUCUGGCAUACUAAUGGCAGUGGGCUCAAGAAUCUGCAAGAUGAAACAAGUAUUAAAUACUAGCUCAAAGCAUACAGCUAACACCAGUGGAAAGUUACAGGGAGUCCCAGAGAAGCUCCGUACGUCCUGCCAAAGUGGCCUUACUUUGCUGGGCAUUACCUGCCUGAUGGGGAUCACCUGGGGCCUGGCCUUCCUGGGAUCUGGUUAUGUCAACUAUCCAGUCCUCUAUCUUUUCUGUAUCCUCAACUCCUUGCAAGGUUUCUUUAUUUUUGUCUGGAUCUGUCUUUUGGCUAAGAAGCAGCUGAGGAGAGAAAUGGAGGAAAGAUUGUCUUCAACAACUGGGAGGACUUCAGACAUCAAAAGUGAAUAGAUGUCAUCUACCACUCCAUUGGAUGGAUCCCAAUAACUGCUGUCAUGUAAACGUGCCUAGAUUUAUGGGCAGCCUUAGUAAAUAUUUGUAAAAAAAAA